UUGGCAAUAGACUCUCAGACAAAUGUACCCAUAUCGGUCAAAAGCAGCUGGAGCUCUUGGCAAGUUAUUGUUUUUUGUUUUAUUGUAUCAUACAUGGGCUCGUCACUGGGCCAUUUAAGUCCCGGUACUCUUUAUUUUUUGAUGAGCCUAUUCAUAGGAAGAUCUGCACCAUACCUUACUCUUACGCCGCAGGCCUGAAUGUCCUCUUCGUCACUUCCGCCGCUUCCAGCUGAAAGACCCGCAGCCCACCUCGUAGAUGCAGAAAUAUGGUGGCGAGACCAGUGUGAAUGGCUCAAAGCCCAGGGCUAUUUGCUACGUCCUAGAUUUCGCCCCGGUUGGAAACCCUCGUGGACUGGAUUGGGGGAGUUCGGUGUGAGCUACGAAGAUGCAAAGAUUCUCCUGCGUCCCGCAGUCAUUGAUGCAGUCAGAGUGUCGGACGGGGAGCAGGUUAUUCUCAAGAAAAUCAAGAUAUCAGAACACCCGUUCGAAGAGGACCUUACACGAUACCUUGGCUCUGGACCAUUGGCUUCAGAACCUCAUAACCACUGCAUUACGUUGUUAGAUGUAUUACAUCCACCAGACGAUCCGGACCUUGUAAUUCUCGUCCUCCCGUUAUUGUUACCGUUUUACAAGCUGGCGUUCAUGACCAUUGGCGAGGCGGUCGAUUUCAUGCAACAAAUGUUCGAGGGUAUAAAGUUUUUACAUGACCAUCUCAUCGCACAUCGGGAUUGCAUGUCCCUGAACAUCAUGGUGGACCCAAAGCCGCUUUACCCCAACAUGUUUCAUCCUGCAGACCCAGAACGAUCUCGUGACUGGAAGGGCAAAGCGAGACACCAUUCGCGAACCACGCAUCCCACCAAAUAUAUUAUCAUCGACUUCGGUAUUUCGCGUCGAUACAGACCCGAAGAUAUGCCAGCUCUAGAGCCGCCUAUCAUGUCGGCAGACAGAACAGUCCCAGAGAAUCUCAAGGAUGAGCUGUGCAACCCCUUUCCAACAGACAUAUACCUCAUAGCGAACGUUAUUCGCGAGCAUUUCCUCGAUGUAUACCAAGGGUUUGACUUCAUUUCUCCACUUGUUGCCGAUAUGAUGCAGGACGAUGCAGAGAAACGACCGACGAUAGAUGUAGUUGUGGCUCGCUUCGACAAAACUGUAGGCAACCUCUCGAAGUGGAAAUUGCGCUCGAGACUCAAGAAGCACAUUGAGUGGAGUGUUGCAGGCCUUUUCAGAUCCGGGGCACAUUUAAUCCGAACCGCUAGCUACAUGCUUAAGGGGUUGGAUCCUAUUCCAACCCUAAAGUUGAAGGCGUAGGAUCACAGACCUCCUUUUCUUCCCUCAACUUGUCGCAGGAUAUGACGCGACUCAGUGCCGCACAUCCGAAAUACUCACAACUGCUUCUGCUGCUCCUUGGAUUCUCUUAUUUAUGCUUUUUAGGCUAUAUAUACGUGUGGUGUAUGACGCGUGAAGCAAUGUCGACCCCCUCCGCGUGCAUCACUCGAAGGCGGACAAUGUCAGUACGAGGAUGUGAUGUUCGACGCCACUAAUAUGUGCAUUAGAUCUGAAUCUUAUACUCAUCGGGUUUGUAGCCAGUGCCUUGACGCUAAAGAAGAAUUCCGAUUGUUGACAUCGCAGAGCAAUGGACAAUAGACACUCGGCCGUUUUACCGUGAUUGAAUGUCAUCUGAUCAUGAAAGCCUGAGGGAACAUCGCAGAAAAGGAUGACAAAAAUGUUUCAGGCAUACGAGCGUCGAUAGCCUAAAAUCGAAAUCUGCGGGGCAAAUUGAAGCGCGAAGCAUGAAAUGAAUUUCACGAAUC